AAACACCGUCAAUCCUUUCCAGCGUACUCCCGUACAGAAAGGUCAUGGCUUCUGUUCAGGACACGUCGCCGCACGAAGACAAAUCCGCCAUGCUCAACAAUGAGAGAGCCCAAUCUCAAGCCAUCUUCCCGUUUCUCGACCUCCCUGCAGAUAUACGGGUGAUGAUCUAUUCGUUCGCAGUCCCGUGGCCUACCUUCACCGAGCUACCGCAUUCGGCAGAAUGUACACUCUCGCCAGAAUUUGAAGACAACACCAACGGCUACAAAGGCCAGGCUCCAUGCUACGACGAUCGCCGCCUUUGGCCGCCGAAGCUGCAAUGCCCGACUAUUCUCCUCAUCUGCCGGCAAAUCACGGACGAAGUGUUCGAGGAGCUUGAUAGAAGCCCUCUCAUAUUCGACGAGCCGCCUCCGCAUCUGCUACACUACGAGUUUGAACCUCUUGACAGGAUUCCACACCGAUAUUGCUUAACAAAUUAUCUAUCUCCAGACCGUCUGUGUACAGCUCGGCGGAUUGAGAUUUUGGUUAAGCCAUCGAUAGUACCUAAUCCUUGUCCUUCCCCUCAACUGGUUGCCAAUCCCCAGAUGCUGUACCGCCGCCUCUACGACUCUUGGUCAUGCUUCGUUGAUUACCUUUUGUACAUCUGGCGACGGAAGACGCCCCUGUUAGAGCACCUCACUCUCCGUCUGCGAGUCUCAGCUACCCCUAAUUCACGGAGUCGUCAAGAUCUAAUUAAAAGGUUGGCCAGUGUUCUCAGGAUGCUCAAGCCUGAAUGCGAAAUAAAAAUCGAGGUGGACGACCCUGAGCUUGAAUGGCAAUUGAGAGCGAAGACUGGUGGAAGAAAAGCCAGCUCCGACGCUCAAUCGUCCUAUGCCAUCGAUCGCCCUUGCGUCUAGUGAACAGGAUAGGGCGUCGAUGUCCUGGUAGCAUCCAUUGAUACACCAUUUGAAGCCAACAGUCCGGUUGAGAGAGCGAUAGUGGUUGCGGGGAGUAAUAGCCCACACCGCAGAUUCGCGCUUUGCUAAGCAUCAGUCAUUACAUUCGGAGUUUCCCAAGUAUACAUGGUCAAGCAACUCCAACUGGAUCGCAGCACAUAGAAUGAGGGCACUAUUUACAUGCAGCCAUCCUGAGCACUGUUACUCCUUGAAGCGGCAGGGGUAUGCUUCAGAAUUGUUCGACUCUGUACUUAAAGACUAAUUGCUACUUCUCGUCCGAGAGUCGUCUCUUUCAAUGCUGAAGUGUUCGUGCGGUGGUCGGACUUGGACGGACUUUAUGCUGUG